AUGAAAUUGGACCAAAUGAGGAAUCAUCAGUCAUCUUUGUUUUACGAAGAUGAUUAUUCAGUAGUUACUGAUGCUUCCAAGACAAUUCCAGUCCAUGUUUCAAUUAUUGGAAUGAAAUCAAGUUCUGACAAUGUAAAUUCUUUUGUUUUGAUUGUCAGAAAUCAAGAAUUCUUAGUUCAACAGCAGAAACAAGCAGAAGAAGAGAAGAGAAAGAGCGAAACUUUAUUGUAUCAGAUACUUCCAAGAGAUAUUGUUAAUCAAAUCAAUCGCGGAGAAAAAGAUAUCAGCUUCCAAGUUCAAGCAGUAUCAAUCAUUUUCAUUGAUAUCAAUAAAUUCUCUGAAUACGCAGCAAAUUUGACACCAAAAGAUAUCAUGUCGAACUUGAGCUACUAUUUCAGUGUAUUAGAUAAAACAGCACUGAAAUACAACAUGCUCACAAAGAUAAAACUUAUUGGAGACAUUUAUAUGGCAGCUGUUGGUUUAUUUAACCAAGACUUGCCUGCAGAUGAAUUUGCCGACCAAGCAGUUUUGUUUUCAUCUGAUGUCCUGUCGCAAUUGGAAGAAAUCAAUCGAAAAUUGGAUUCCAAUUUAUCCGUGAGAGUUGGAAUAAACAGCGGCGGUCCAAUAAUCGCUGGCGUUUUGGGAACUGAUAAACCUUUGUUCGAUAUAAUCGGUGAUGCUAUUAAUGUUGCAGCGAGAUUGCAAUCAACAUGUGCUACAAACCAUAUUCAUAUUAGUGCUGCAACUCAUGAUUUAAUUAAAUCUAAGAAUUAUGAAUUUACAGAUUGCGGAGAGACGGAGUUGAAAGGUAAAGGAAAACAAAAGACAUACAAUGUUUCAAUUCCUCAGCUUAUUUACACUGCUACUAGCAGUAUUGUUAUGAAAUAA